AUGGAGGGCCAAAGUUAUCUAACUUCACCCGAAGAGUUGGGUGAAAUUCAAAGUUUUAUCGAAAGGCAACGCCCAGAUAACACGAAAAAAAAGACGAUGUACGACAUAAAAGUUAUUAAAAGGUACUUUGAAUCAAUAUACGAGACAAGAGAAAUUGAAAACAUACCUGCCACAGAAUUAAAUGUCCAGCUCGCGAAAGUUUUCAUGAAUGUACGCAAGAGAAAUGGAAACGUUUAUGAAUCUACUUCUCUCAAGGACUUCCAGAGAAGUUUGCAGAGAUAUUUGAACGACAAGAGUUCCACAAUGAAUAUCCUACAAGACCAGGUGUUUGCCAAAUCCCGUGAAGUUCAUAUAGCGAAGAAACGAGAGCUUGUCCAACAACACGCCAAAGGAAACCGACCACAAGCUUGUCGAGAGUUGACAACGGCAGAGGAAGACAAGUUCUUCGAGUUGGGCUUGUUCGGAAAACAUGACCCAGAAGUUCUCCAGAGGACCGUUUGGUGGGUUCUUUCUCUUCAUUUCGGCUUUCGAGCGCGUGACGAGUCGAGAAAACUAAAGUGGGGAGACGUAUCCAUCAGUAAAGACCCCGAAACAGGCAGCGAAUUGUUGUUGUGGAAAGCUAAACGAGGUUCAAAGACCAGGCACGGCGACGCAGAUUUUUUUUCCGUAGACAGUCGGACUCCUCAUUGAUAGUCGGACGCAUCAUUGACCCGCGCCCUUAAACAAAACAUUCAGCGGAUACUCUUCUUAUUAGAUGCGCUUCCCAGUGUGUCUUGCGCACGCAAUUGAUGAUUUCAAAAUAUUGUAUUGCUUGGUUGAGAUGCCAAAAUCUGAGCAGGACACAUUGUGGCUUCAAUUAUAUCUUGUGUGGUGAUGACAUCUGACAAUAUUUUAUUAAGUUAAAUUCGUCAUUCUCACUUGCUUUUCUUUGCUUUUCUAAAUGUAUUUUGUAAAUCUUUUCGGCAUUGCAGAAUACCCGUCCACUUUUAAGCUAUACGCCUUUCAAACAUCAAUGGAUAAUACAUCUUAUAAUCUAUAUUUCAAUUCUCAAUAGAUUAAUAAUAAAUCGAUUGAUAAUUUGGUAGAUUAAAAUCCCAUGGUGGUAAAGGGUAAAGAGGUAAAGGGUAUAACGAGGCAUACGGUAACUUGGCAUUAAUAGAUUAAAUUGCCAUAGUGUUAAUUGUAGCUCUAAUUCUAGUGGAUACGCGGAUACGCAGUCAAGUAGUUAUUUCGAGAACGAGGCAUACAGUUAGAUUAGCAUUAGAUCAAAUUCUCAUGCUACAGGUAGCUAGCUCUAUAUUUUAGUGAAUAGUGGAUACGCAGUCAAAUAGUUAUUUUGAGAUUAAGGCGAUCGACAGUUAGUUAGCAUUAAUAGAUUAAAUUCUCAUGCUAUAGAGAGCUUAAAUGUGGUGUAAAAUGUAAAUAUAUUUAUCACAACCGGACAUUGGUGUUUGACAGAUUAUGAUUAAUUAGCGUCGCUGGGAGAAAAAUUUAUAUUAUAAAGCAUACUAAGCAUAUUAAACAUAAAAAGUCUUGCAUGAUAUUUCCUUAUUACUUAGUAAUCAGUUUGUGUAUAUUAGAACGAGGCAAUAAGAUCUGGUAUAUACGUAUCCAGUAAAAUAGAGGCAGGCUACAUGAUAUAUUACUAGUGGACGGGUAUUCUGCAAUAUUUCUGUUUGUGGAAAGUAGUCUUGAUGGUCGCUUUGAAUCUACCAGUAUUUUCUUGCUAUGGCAUCGUGAAGCAAAUCGUUCACCUUUCUACACGUGGUCGAAGAAGAACAAUGUGGAGUGAUGGAUAUAUGGUGCACCAGUGGGUUACGAACGGUUACGAAGGAAUCCAGAAAUAACGCGCGGAGGCCUGGACGCGGAUCAAUGAUGCGUCCGACUAUCAAUGAGGAGUCCGACUGUCUACGGAAAAAAAAUUUGCCACGGCGACGGGCAACAUCAGUAAGCCUUUUAUCCCACAGCGCAAGCAACCCACAACGAACGUUGUCCUGUUCAGUUAUAUCGUGCAUUUUCCCAGCAUCGACCAGAUGAAAUGAAACAGCUGGACUCUUCAUUCUUCCUGGCUAUUAACCACCGUCGCCAGCCAGGUUCUCAGAUCUGGUAUAACAAAGCUCCACUCGGAAAAAACGAAAAUGGCAAGUUUCUUUUGAAGGCUGCGAAAGCUGCUAAAUUGUCUGGUAACAUCACAAACCCCUCGGUGAGAAAAACCUGUAUUUCCCGUUUAAUGGAUGCCGAUAUUCCCGAGAAUUACGUCGCCCAACUGAGCGGUCACAAGAAUUUGAAAAGCCUCGAUUCUUACAAAUCCGCUUCGACAGCACAUCAGCGAAAAAUGUCGUUCGUUUUCGUUCAGGAGCCUCGUCUUCUGCCACAAACCAAGCGCCAAUUCAACCAAAUGAAUCACAAUAUAGUCUCCAACAACAAAACCUUUCCUACUCCAACCAGUCUGCAGUCGAACGCAUGUUUUCAGGGGAAACAAUUCAAAGAUCGAAGGCUGUCAUUUCAACUUUUUUCUCAACGCGAGCAAAAGUCCGAUCAGAGCUCCAGAAGCACCUUUUGCCAAAAAAAGGCGUGUUAUCUUGAGCGAUGA